AUGGAUAAUCCUCCUCCGUCCCACCUAAUCAAUGAGCUCGAGUCGCGCGCCGCUCGCGUUCUUGAUCCAAGUCUUGACCUCAAGUCAAAAUAUGCCGUCGCCUGCGAGUUGCGCGAGAUGAUAGACACGGUCAGCAGGGACUCCGACCUGAGAGCCUUGCCGCACAUGAUUCCUGUCCUCGUCGAGAACCUCCGCAAUGGCGAGCCCUCUUUCCAGAAGGACAGUCUUGAGUUCCAAUUCCGCCGAAGCGUCCUCGAGAUACUACACCGCAUCCCCUUCCUAGAGGCCCUCCGAGUCCAUUCUGUCAAGAUCCUCUCUGGCAUGCUGCAUCUCCUCCGCCACGACAACGAGGAAAUGGGCACCACUGCUUGCAAGAUUCUCAAUGACGUGCUGCGUUCAAGCAGGGUGUUCCACGAGGAGAUCUUCAAUGACUUCAUGGCGAUAUUCCAACAACUCUUGGAAAACCUCAAGGUUGUACUCGUCGAAGUCUUCUCAGACGAAUCCCCAGAGCUCGAGUCAACGACUUGCCUCCAGGCCAUCAGGAGCUUCAAGGUCCUCUCCGAGGUGAAUUUGCUCUUGAUAACCUUCUUGCAACUCAACCGCCCUGCCGUCGUUCCCCAUAUCCCCGCCCUCCUUCCUCGUCUCCUCGAAUACAGCGAGCUGCAACCACCCGCCCAGCAGAAAGCACGGGAAGACUUCGAAGCAAUGGGCGGUGUAUGGGCCGGUCUCGCGCCUUCCAUCAAGAACCAGCAAUUGUAUACGGACUACAUUGUAUCCCAACUCAAGGUCAUUUCGUCCUCGCUGUAUCUGCUCAGAGUGUUAUCCGAACCACAAGAAUCGGACGGAGAGAAGCUUGCUCUUUCUCUGCUUAGGUUAUUCCAGGAUUGUCCGGCAAUGGCGACCUCGGCACGCAAGGAGCUUAUCCCCUUGUUGAGACACCUCACGACGACCGUUUACAAGCGCGCUCUCCUUCCACACAUCGACAAGCUGUUGGAUGAACGAGUCCUGCUCGGAACAUCUGUCGGAAGCCAGGAGAUCUUUCGUGCUACUCUGUUCAGUGCUGUGGCAGAUUUACUACACCAUCUCCGCGCAGAACUCACCCCCGCCAAUCUUUCCAAGGUUUUCGCGGUUUACGUGCGACACUUACACAACCCAUUCUUGUCCACCCAUACACACCUUCUCUCCGCCAAGCUCAUCUUUAACUUGGUGGAAGUUGAAGUGAACAAGGAUUCUCAUCAGAACGCAGCUCAAGUUCUCAAUGCGCUUCUGGAAGCCGGUGUAGACAAGGUCGAUUCUCUCGUGUCUGUCCAAGUGGAGAAGAUUGCUCGCGGUACGAAGGACAAAGAUGUGGAAAAUGACUUCAACGACUUUGCCAUCAUUGAGAAGUCGAGGCCGCUUCUCGGCCCUUGUUACGCUACGGAAAAAACUGAGGACAACAUGGGAGAGUACCGCAAUCUCCUACGCACCCUCUUCCACGGAUUCCAGACGUUGGUGUUGUCGUUGAAGAAGUGCGACGCCCCGGUUCCGGACGGGGCACUUAUAGCGCGGAUGUUCGAUGGCGCUAUUAGAGCAAUGGCCUUCUUCGACGGGGAAAUGAGGGAGGCUCAGGACGCAUUGGAUCGCAUUGGACACGCCUUAUCCGAGAUCGACCUUCACGUUUUCCAAGAAGUCUGGACGCAGAAGAUUGGCUUCUAUUUCACUUCGGCUGAGAAGAGGCCAGUUCUAAUGCACCUUCCCUCAAUCCUCUUUGGUAGGGAGGCCACUUCGCCCACGCUGGUCGCUAUAGUCUUGAGGUACCUCAUCGACCGUCUUCCGGAACUCGGGCAAUACGAUGACCAGGCUGCGGCGGUCGCAAUACGGAUGUUCAAGAUGACAUUCCAGGCCGUUACCGGCUUCCCCAACCUGAACGAGUCUAUCCUUGCAGCUCAUCUUGGCAAAUUGAUCAUGGACUGCUUCCCGCUCGCUGCAAAGGCCGCCAAGCCCACGAAUUACUUUCACCUUCUUCGAGGACUCUUCCGUGCCAUUGGCGGAGGUGGAGGCAGGUUUGAGCUCCUCUACAAGGAGGUCUUACCCCUUCUUCCCGAGAUGCUAGAGUGCCUCACUCGCCAGCUUCACACUUCCGACGGACAGAGUCGCGACAUGAUCGUCGAGUUGUCCCUCACUGUGCCGUUACGCCUCACGCACCUCCUCCCCUAUCUUUCGCAUCUCAUGCAACCCCUCGUAAUGGCACUCAAGGGCACUCCAGAGCUGAUUAAUCAAGGCCUACGCACUCUGGAGCUCUGCAUCGACAACCUAACGUCCGACUUCCUCGACCCGACGCUGAACGGAGUGCUUCGAGAGUUAAUGGAGGCGCUGCACGACCUCCUCAAGCCGUUGCCAGCCAAUCACCACCAAGCCCACAUCACUAUUCGUAUCUUGGGGAAGCUCGGAGGCCGCAACCGCAAGCUGUUAGAGAAGGAGCCGUCUUUCAAGUUCACUCAGCACAUUGAGCAGGUCAAGGCACGGUUCUCCUUUGGGCCUCAAGUUGGCAGUAUCGAGUUAAACCCGGCGGCCACCGUCGCAGCGGAGACAUUCCGUAAUAUCAAGUCCAGCCCCUCGCAGCACCUCCACGCCUACAACUACUUGGAACAGUGUUUGAGUCUCAUGCUCCAUGAGGGAGUGAAAGGGCGCGAGCGCGAAGAUCUAUUCAUGCUUUGUCUAGAAAGUCUCUAUGACGCCCUUCAUCUUCCCGAGCUCCAGGAGAAGGCCGAGAAGAACCUCAUGGAGGUCUCCCGCUUCUUGUUUUCGUCGGAGGUUCGGCGUUGUGCGGUCAAGGACGUAUCUACUCGUCGCUACCCAAGCCCAGUAUUCUCUUGCUACUUGGACGCCCUGCAACAUGGUCUCGCCAGAGACAAGCCGGAAGAGGCCAAGCGCGUGCUCGACCUGGUGGCAAUCUCUAUACGCGAACUAGUGGCGAUGGCGACUACUACAGAAGCCUCUGUCAAUGAUGUGGUCACUACUCUGCACCAAGUUGCAAGUCGGUUCCUCUCGCUGUGUCUGGAAGAAGCCUGGGUCAAGAGGAGUGCCGGAUGCGGUGGGAUUAAGGUCAUGACGGAUAUUACCGAUCUCGGCGUCCGAUGGGUCAACGAGCGUGAGGUGGACCUCGUCCGCAUGCUGCUUCAUGUUCUCAAAGACAUGCCUCACGACAUGCCCCAUGAUGCCGACUCGGUGAUCGACGUCCUCCAUCGCGUUCUGAGAGUCAGCACAGAAGAUUCCCGCGCAAACGACAUCGAGCAGAUCAGGGACAACAAGACUAUGCAUGUCGUGGGUCUCUUCUUUGCCGAACUUUCUAGCUCCAAUCCCAUCGUACGCAAGGCUGCUCAAGGCUGCAUAUCUCUCCUCGGAGAACUCAGCGGAAAGUCCAUUGUCGACCUCCUCAUGCCCCACCGCGACCGGAUGCUCGCUACCAUCUACACGAAACCUCUGCGCGCUCUUCCUUUCCCCCUUCAAAUUGGCAUGAUAGAAGGCAUCCGCUAUUGUAUCUGUCUACAACCGCCUCUUCCCGAACUCAACGAUGAACUCCUCCGAUUGCUCCACGAGACCCUCGCUCUGGCCGAUGCCGACGACCAGGCUCUGGUGAGCCGCGGUACGCCCCGCCAAGGUUCCGCGGAGAUCACGAAGCUACGCGUGGCUUGCAUAAAGCUCCUCACCGCAUCCAUGCCGAUGACGGACUUCUUCUCAAAGCAGUCCCAGACCCGUCAGAGAGUAACCGGGGUCUACUUCAAGUCUUUGUACUCGCCUAUCCCCGAAGUCAAGGACGUCGCGCACGAAGGACUACGAAUGGUACUGACCCAUCAAUCGAGACUUCCCAAGGAGUUGCUACAGACGGGUCUUCGACCCAUCCUGAUGAAUCUCGCCGAUCCGAAGCGUCUAUCCAUCCCUGGACUCGAAGGUCUCGCGCGACUGUUGGAGUUGCUCACCAAUUACUUCAAGGUUGAGAUAGGUCACAAGCUCCUCGACCACUUCCGCAUUGUCGCAGACCCGCAGAUGCUCCAAGCGUCCUCAAGACUUCCGCUCAUGGAGAACGACGGCAUCAAGAAGCUGGUGUGCCUGGCGAACAUCUUCCACCUGCUGCCCUCGGCCGCCAACAUCUUCCUCGAGAAUCUGGUCAAUGCCAUCGUCCAGACCGAAUCCGCGCUCCAUUUUUCGGGAGAAAGCCCGUUCUCUGCGCCGCUCGCAAAGUAUCUGGAUCGGUACCCCUCCGACGCGAUGGAUUAUUUCAUGCGCCACCUCCACUUCCCCAUGCAGAUCCGAACGCUUCGAGCCAUCCUCCGAGCCAACCUCGCGCCGAACCUGCUUCGAGAGCUGAACGGCAAGUCAGGCGCCCUCGUCAACAAGUGCCUCGAAAGCGGCGACCCAACCCUCACCAUGCCCGGACUCCUUCUCUGCUCUGACCUGGCAGAGCUCAUCCCAAGUUGGGUCUUGGAACACAAGCAUGCGGUUGACGCCGUCGUUGCUCUGUGGAGGGUUGAUCUUACUGAAACAACGUCACACAUUCCCUCUGCUGAGUCACUCCAGAAGUACACUCUGAUGCUCUCCAUCUUCAAGCAGGCGCUGGAGCAGUCCCCGCGGGUUGAUGUCGUCUUCGAGCUGGUGAACGUGUUCAUCCGCAGGCAGCCUUUGGACGUCGUCAGCGUCAUCCAAUUCCUCUAUCGCCACGUCGCCCUGAGCAAGAGUUUGACCUUCCGUCGCAACGUUCUUGUCCGUUUCCUGAUCUUAUUCGAGGAUACGUCCUACACAACCGCCCAAAAGUCGCUGUUCCUCCAGUACAUCGUCACCCCCACCCUCCUUAUACAUGCGACGCAUUCCGCCGACAAAUCUGGCAUCCUUGACAACGACAUGGUCUUGCGAAUGCACCGACUCAUCUUCCAGCCAAUGUCCUCUGCAGAGAGUAUGACCGCCGCAUUCCCGGAUGCCGACGACACGUUCAAGAUUGAGUUGUUGCGUCUCGCCACAGUCAUGGUUCAGCACUAUCAUGACUAUCUGCAGGAAGUGAAGAAGGAUAUUAUCAAGUGCGCCUGGGUGUUCAUCUCAAGUGAAGACUCCCUCGUCAAGUGCACCGCCUACGUCCUCGCAGCCCGCUUUUUCGACGUAAUCGAGGGGCCUUCGAAGUUCGUGCUGUCCCUCUGGGGUGGGCUACUGAAACUACCCAACGCCGAAGGCAAGCUGCUUGUACGCCAAGCACUGGACAUUCUCGCUCCCAUCCUCGCGCGCCCCCACAUGCAGAUCGCCGAAGCAGGCCACCCACAGUGGGCGAGGACAACUCGACGACUACUGGCAGAAGACGGUGUAAACUCCAACCAGACCAGUCUAGUCUACUACCUUAUCGUCGCCCAACCAGCACUCUUCUAUUCCGUUCGUGCCCUCUUCGUUCCGCACAUCGUCAACCACCUCCCCAAGCUCGGACUCGUUCAAUCCACCAACAUCGAGUCUAAGCUGCUAUCUAUUGAGAUCAUUCAAGUCGUCUUCGACUGGGAGCAAAAGGGUCUUCCCGCGCCGCCAAAUGGAGCUCCCGCGCCUACCACCACCACCACCGACGGAUGGACCACCCCUCUGAGUCUGCGCGAAAGCAUGGUUAGCUACCUGAUCCGUCUUGCUACAACACCGCAAGACCCGCAGUCGAGAGCCGUGGUUGUGAACCGGGCGCUCGCGCUUCUCAAGACCGUCAUUGCGCCCGGUGGCUGGACCGACGUCAACAUGAAGCUCAACUUCUUUUCUCGUGCGCUAGAGCAGAGCGACCUUGCGGACGACCCUCAAAGGGCUCAGGCUCUCAGCAAUGCCAAAGUGCUGCAGGUAAUCUCUGCUGAACGUGACGACGCCUGGUUCCAAGCCAACGCUCCCAUCCUUACAAAGCUCGUCAAGAAGGGCAUGUUCUACGAGGAUCUGGCCCUGCAAGAAUGCCUUCAUCCGGUCGUGGACCGCUUGUUGCGCCUCUUCCCGCUGCCGAAAGAGGAGGAUCAACAGCCGCAAGGCGAAGUCUCCGAAUUUCACGCAGCCGUGUACAACGCCAUCAGCGACAGCCUGCGGAGUUCUGAGAGCUUGCGGUCUGUCCAGCUUAGAGGGUGCCUCAUGGUGCUCAAGACCAUCGUUCAAGUCGCCCCGGAGCGUAUUGAGCCUUUCUGCUCGAAUCUCAUGAAGCUGUUGAGCAAGCUGGCCAAGGACCACAUCCAAUCCUCAACGCCUACUGGGAGCGUCUUCGAGGGCCUCGUGCGACUCCUCAUCGCUAUCCUCGAGGUCUGCCACAUCGCCGUCGCUCAUCUCGGCGAUCAGCGCAAGUGGCUCCUCAGCACGUUGGUCGUCCUCGUUGACAAGUCCAAGAGCACACCGCUCUGCCGCUAUCUCCUGGAGAUUGCAAAAGACUGGGCCGUGAACAAGCGUGACGCCUACCCGACAAUGAAAGAGAAGGCUAGUCUGCUGCAGAAGAUGGUGGUGUUCGAGAACCGCGGCGACCGUGGCGAGGUGUUAUUCAAUAACUACCUCGAGCUCAUCUACGACAUCUACACCGACCCCACGCUCCGUCGCAGCGAUCUUACCACACGCCUCGAGCAGUCGUUUUUGCUGGGAUGUCGGGCUGCGGACUCAGCGAUUCGCGAACGCUUCAUCGACCUCCUAGACAACAACACGCCGCGCUCCCUCUAUAGUCGCCUGCUGUUCAUUUGCGGGAGUCAAAGCUGGGAGCCAUUGUCGGACCAGAACUGGAUAUUCCUCGCUUUGCACCUUCUCCUCGGGUCCAUCGAGGGCGACGUGAACAUCUCCCCUGAUCGCAGAGGCACCUUUGACACUUCAUGGCCGCAACCUCCUUUCACCCUCGCCCGCGCCGUCGCGCUCAUCAAGCCCAUGCAGCGGUUGCUCUACACGGACCGCCAAGCUGCCCAUGACGCGUGGGUAUCCGUUUUUCCUGCAGCGUGGGCUUGUCUAUCUCGUAGGGAACAGUCCGAAGUAGGCAACCACAUGAUCAACCUCCUCAGCAAGGAGUAUCACUCGCGACAAGCCGACAUGCGCCCCAACGUCAUUAUGAGCCUGCUUGCUGGCAUCCACGCCUGUUCGCCGCCUAUGGCUCUCCCCCCUCACCUCGUCAAGUACCUCGCGAAGACCUACGGUGCAUGGUAUAUAGGCACGGAGAUCCUGGAACUGUCCCUCAACCAGGUUCGAGAAGACGAGCUCGUCCUUCGCGACACGAUCUAUGAUGCCCUCGCAGAGCUGUACGCCGAGCUUGCCGAAGAGGAUGUCUUCUACGGUCUCUGGCGCCGUCGGUCGCUCUAUCCGGACACCAAUGCCGGUAUCUCGUAUGAGCAGUCGGGCAUGUGGGAUCAAGCCUCCAUCAUGUACGAGUCAGCGCAAACACGCGCUCGAGCAGGCAUUCUCCCGUUCUCUGAAGCCGAGUUCUGUCUAUGGGAAGACCACUGGAUCCUCGCCGCCGAGAAGCUGCAGCAAUGGGACUUCCUCUUUGAGCUGGGCAAGUCGGAGAACAACGUCGACCUGCAACUCGAAAGCGCGUGGCGCGUCAAGGAUUGGCACGAGCAGCGUACCGACAUGGAAAACUACGUCUCUCAGCUCAAAGACGUUGCAACCCCAAGACGUCGCGUGUAUGAGGCAUUCCUCUGCCUGCUGAAGAACCCCGGUCUCUUUGAUAAGAACGUGGAGUUCCAGAACAUCAUCGACAACGCAAUGCAGCUGUCACUCCGCAGAUGGGUCACCCUACCUUCUCAGCUCUCCGCCGCGCAUGUCCCAUUACUCCAACACUUCCAACAAUUCGUCGAGUUGCAAGAGUCUUCGAGCAUAUUUCUGUCGCUGUCUCAGACCAAUGCGCAGAACUUGGAGAAGAAGUCUUCCGAUCUCAAGCUCAUCCUCCAGGCAUGGCGUGAGCGCUUGCCCAACACCCACGACGACAUCACCAUCUGGAGCGACCUGGUUGCAUGGAGGCAGAAUGUCUUCAAUUGCAUUAACAAGACCUAUAUUCCACUCAUCACUCCUGCCAACCAGGGUAGCGCGGCGACUGGGAGCACGAACACCUUCGGCUACCGAGGAUUCCACGAGACGGCCUGGAUCAUCAACAGGUUCGCUCACGUUGCCCGCAAGCACGAGCUUCUCGACGUCUGCUUCACUUUUCUGAACCGCAUCUACACUCUGCCGAAUAUCGAGAUAUCCGAAGCGUUCCUGAAGCUUCGGGAGCAGGCCCGUUGUCACUACCAGAAGCCGGGGGAUUUGCAAGCUGGUCUCGAGGUCAUCAACAACACCAACCUGAUGUACUUCUCCAACGGGCAGAAGGCCGAGUUCUUCACGCUCAAGGGGAUGUUCUUCGCGAAGCUCAACCGGAACGACGAAGCUAACGGUGCAUUCGGACAUGCCGUCCAGAUGGACAUGUUCCAGGCGAAAGCUUGGGCAGCCUGGGGCAAAUUCAACGACAAGAUGUUCAAAGAUUCUCCAAGCGAGAUGAAUCACGCGUCGAACGCCGUGAGCUGUUACCUUCAAGCCGCUGGCCAGUACAAGAACAGGAAGAGCCGACCCCUCCUCACCCGAGUUCUAUGGCUUCUCAGCAUUGACGAUAGCUCACUCACCAUCUCGCAAGCUUUCGACAAGUACAAGGGUGACGCUGCGUUCUGGUACUGGAUCACGGUCAUUCCGCAGCUUUGCCUCUCUGUAUCGCAAAGAGAGGCGAAGCAAGCCCGCUACAUCCUGCUCAAUCUCGCCAAGCUGUACCCUCAGGCACUUUUCUUCCCUCUUCGGACCACGAAGGAAGACAUGAACCUACUUCGGCGUCAGGCACAAGCACAAGCUGCUGCGGCCGCACGCGCGAACUCCGCGGAAGGUGAAAAUCUCCCCGAUGGAAGCGUCCCCACGCAGUCAUCUCCGAGCAAGGAUCCUAACGCCGCACAGCUGCCACGACCUGAACUUCUUGUACCCUCUCUGACUCGCCAAUCCUGGGAAGUCAUCGACGAGAUUGUUCAGAUCCUGAAGACGGCUUUCCCUCUCCUCAUCCUGACGUUGGAGACGGUCAUUGAGCAGAUCGCCCAGCGGUUCAAAGCAUCUCCAGAGGAAGAGAUCUACCGCCUAACCUGCAUGCUCUUGCAGGAUGCAAUGCAGCAAUACAUGGUGCGCAUGGCCGCCGACGAUGAUGGUGCAAUCAGCCCUCAAACCGUGAACACGUUGACUCGCCUCGCCGUCAGUCUGUCAGGGAAUGCUCGAAAGGAGUACGAAGAAGACUUCAUCAAGAGCAAGCCCUCGCUCAGCGAGUACAUCCGGAAGUUGCAGCAAUGGCGUGACAAGUACGAACGUUUGCUCGAUGUCCGCCCGAGGGCGCAAUCACUGGACAACCUCAGUCACUAUCUUAUCGAAUUCCAGUACACCAAAUUCGAUGAGGUCGAAGUCCCUGGCCAGUACACUGAGGACAAGGACAACAAUCAGAGCUUUGUCCGGAUCCGCCGAUUCGGCCCACAAUAUGAGAACUGUCGUUCUCACGGGUACUGCUGGCGACGUCUGCUAAUCAGGGGCCAUGACGGGUCGACUACAUCAUUCGCCGUCCAACUUCCCUCCGGUAGGCAUUGUAGAAGAGAAGACAGGACAUCGCAAGUCUUCCGUACUCUCAACGGCACUCUCAAUCGCAAGAAGGAGAGUCGAAAGCGGAACUUGCAUUUCCAUCUACCCGCAGCCAUCGCGUGUGCUCCAAACCUUCGCCUCUAUCAGAAUGACGCGUCUUAUGUUGCGCUCGGGGACAUCUACGAUCAGCAUUGCGAGGAUAUCGGCAUUGCGAGGGAGGAACCAGUAAUCAUGAUUGGGGAGAAGGUCAAGGUUGUCGUGCGAGACUUCAAGCAACGGACUGGUCGAACGCCAAACAAGGGUGAAUUCUACUCUCUGAAGAAGGAGCUCAUGGACGAUGUUAUGGCUAAGGCCGUUCCCGAGGAUGUUCUCACCAAGUAUAUCAUUCGCACCAUGAAAACCCCAAGCGACCUCUGGCGUAUACGGAAGGAGUUUGCCCUGCAGCUGGCCGCCACUAGUUUCAUGACAUACUUCGCAUGCAUGGGGAGCCGACUACCUUCGCGAUUUCAUUGGUCCAAAGCGACAGGUCAGAUUGCUAUGAGCGAAAUUAUGCCUGGUCGGUGCAGUACUAUCCCCUCCUCCCCUUUGUUCACUUCAUCGGACGCGGUACCCUUCCGUUUUACGCCAAACUUCCAGCACUUCUUGGGACCAGUCUUGACCGAAGGCAUAUUUGCUUCUGGUAUCAUGGCAAUCGCUCGUUGUUUGAUCGAGCCCGAGUGCGAGCUCGAACAGCAACUGUGUUUGUUCGCGCGUGACGAAGUCAUGACCUGGCUGCACAAUCAUCAUCGGGGCAGGGUGCCGCCCGUCGAUGGGAAUUUCAGACUCAACGUCACGGCCAACAUCGAGGCCAUGAUCAAGCGUACAGAGUCCAUGUCGUGCAAGCUUGAACGCGAACAGGCACUGGUGCAGCAACCCUCACAAAACAUCAACACCACUCCUGUCUUCCAGACCGUCGCCAACCUGAUAUCGCAUUCCACCAAUCCUAUGAACCUGGUGAAGCAGGGAGAGGUUUACGUACCUUGGUUCUGA